AUGAGGGAGAAUAUGUCGGAUCUUACCGGAUGUGUCUCACGUCACCAGAAAAUGGGUUUGCUUACUUCACAGUUUGUCGAAAAUUGCAGGGAGAUGAUUGUCGUCGCUCAGAAAUGGUUGUCUUCUAAUUUUGAAAUGAAGGACAUGAGCAAAGCAUCCUUUGUGCUCGGGAUCAAGAUCCAAAGGGAUCGCUCUAAAAGACUUCUUGGUCUCUCUCAAGAGACUUAUAUCAAGAAAGUGCUCGAGCGCUUUCGGAUGCAAGGUUGCAAAUCUAUCGACACUCUUGUCGAGAAGAGUCAUGGGCGUAGUCUCAAUCUCUAUUGUAAGAUGGAUACAGAAAGAGUUGAUAUAACGCGCAUUCCAUACGCAAGUGCAGUUGUUAAUCUGAUGGAUACUGUAAUGCAAAUUGGGGUAGCAAUUUGGACGAGCACAAAUCUACUUCUGGAUAUGUGUUCUUACUCGGUGGCGGGGCCAUUUCUUGGAGUAGUAAAAAGUAGCCCUACAAGCAGGAGUUCAAACAUGUUCUACGGGAAGCUCCUUCAGGAGAAUACGGUGGUCACCAGGCUGAUCCCAACUAGUAUCCAUGUGUCAGAUGCACGAGGAAAAAAGAUUAUUAGUUAUCCAGGUCGUCUUUAUGAUCUGAAAAUUGACCAUUCUAUGUGCAAUAUGUGUGAAUCUGAGGCAGAAGAGAUGGGGAUUCUUAGGACAGAUUUCUUCAAUGUUGACGAAUUCAUUGGCGGAUUCGGUGAUUCAGCAGUUUCAAAGGUCUCUGCGAUUGGUGAUGUUGAUCUUGCUUUUGAUAUGCUGAAGAAGAUGGAGGUCAUGUCAGGGAAUCAUGUAAAACCCAAUUGCAUUACUUAUAGCUACCUCAUUAAUGGAUUCCGCAAAGCUGGAAAGGUGGCAGUUGCUGAAGAAUUUUGGGAAGACAUGCAAAAAGUGGGGAUUGAGCCAAAUGUAUGGACAUGUGACUAUGAUCAAUGGGUACGAGAUUGCUGCAAAAAUGGACCCAUGAAAGACUCUUUGAAAUAUUUUAACAUGAUUAUAGAAGACAAGGACCUUGUUAAAGAUGUUGUUCCAUACAAUAUUCUCAUUAAUUAUCUAUACAAGAACAGGAAUAUCGAAGGAGGGAAGCAACUACUGAGCAGUAUGUUUACCCGAGGACUGAUCCCUGACCUGGUUACAUACAGCACGUUGAUUGAUGGGUACUGUAAGGAGGGGGAGUCAUCUGUGGGCACCACAAGGGUUGUGUUGGAUGAGAUGCGGAGCAGUUUACUAGUAGAUGUUAUAACCUUCAACACUUUGCUAAAUGGUUAUUUCAGCAUUCAAAAGAUUGGGCAAAAGAGCUAUGAAGGUGAUGUUGGAUAG